CCAGCGGGCCGGGAGCGAACGGAGUCCGGGAGUCGGCUGCGCCCGGAGCUCAGUGUCUCCUGGACCCAAGGGGCUGGACGCGGGCAGGACGCCUUAGAAGGACUCCCGGCACCGGCCUGGGGAACAGCGGCCCGGACAGCGCCUCCCCUCUCUCCCCCCGGAAAAGUGGGGGCCGAAGUUUGGAGGUGGCUUUGACGCAGGACUGGACCUCCGUUUCGUCUGGGGGCGGACCAGGGCCACCGCCUCGCCCGCUGAGGCCACUGCCCCGUGAAACUGCCGGAGCUCUGAGCGCCUGCCCGGGGCUCCAGGAGAGGCCGAGGUCAUGGUGAAUGAAGAUCCCAACCUGGAGGAGAGCAAUGUCACCCCCGAGCAGCAGUCCGCGCCGCUGGCGGUGGACCCCGACAUUCCUGCCCCACCUGCCAUCCCCACUGACUCCAGCAUCUCGGCUCAUCCCAGCGUCUCGGUUCAUCCCAACGCCUCAGCUCAUCCCAGCAUCUCUGCGCAUCCUAAUAUUUCGGUUCAUCCUAGUAUCUCGGCCCAUCCUAGCGUCUCCUUCCACCCCAGUGUCUCUGCGAACCCCAGCAGUUCAGCCUUCCCCAGCUCCAUGGCCUACGCCGGGGACUUGACCCAGACCAGUAGCUUGGGCCGCGGGGAGGACCUCAGUUUGAUCAAGGUGAGCAGGCGCCGCUGGGCGGUGGUCCUGGUGUUUAGCUGUUACUCCAUGUGCAACGCCUUCCAGUGGAUCCAGUACGGCGCCAUCAACAACAUCUUCACCUCCUUCUACGACGUCAGCACCUUCGCCAUCGACUGGCUGUCCAUGAUCUACAUGCUGACCUACAUCCCGCUGCUGCUGCCCGUGGCCUGGCUGCUGGAGAAGUAUGGCCUGCGCACCAUCGCCCUCACGGGCUCUGCCCUCAACUGCCUGGGGGCCUGGGUGAAGUUGGGGAGCCUGAAGCCGCACCUCUUCCCAGUCACCAUGCUGGGCCAGGUCAUCUGCUCCGUGGCCCAGGUCUUCAUCCUGGGCAUGCCCUCCCGCAUCGCGUCCGUCUGGUUUGGGGCCAAUGAAGUCUCCACGGCCUGCUCCAUCGCCGUCUUCGGCAAUCAGCUUGGAAUUGCGAUUGGGUUCUUGGUCCCUCCUGUGUUGGUACCCAAUAGCAAUGACAAGGACAAGCUUGCCUACGACAUCGGCAUCAUGUUCUACUUAAUAGCAGGUAUUGCCACCCUGCUUUUCAUCCUUGUCAUCAUCGUAUUCAAGGAGAAGCCUAAACAUCCCCCCAGCAGGGCCCAAUCCCUGAGCUAUUCCUUAAUACCGGAUACUUCGUACUUAAACCCCAUCAUCCGGCUCUUCAAAAACCUCAACUUCAAGCUGCUUGUCCUCACCUAUGGUCUGAAUACUGGGGCUUUUUAUGCCUUGUCCACUCUGCUGAAUCGCAUGGUGAUCUUGAACUAUCCGGGGGAAGAAGUGAAUGCUGGAAGAAUAGGCCUCACCAUCAUCAUCGCAGGAAUGUUUGGGGCCAUGAUCUCUGGUAUCUGGCUGGAUAGAUCCAAAACCUACAAGGAGACAACCCUGGUGGUGUAUAUCAUGACGCUGGUGGGCAUGGUGGUGUACACUUUGACCCUGAGCCUCCAGCAUCUAUGGAUAGUGUUCAUCACCGCUGGCACAAUGGGGUUCUUUAUGACUGGCUACCUCCCCCUGGGAUUUGAGUUUGCCGUGGAGCUGACAUACCCAGAAUCGGAAGGCAUAUCGUCUGGCCUCCUUAACGUGUCUGCCCAGGUAUUCGGGAUCAUCUUCACCAUCUCCCAGGGCCAGAUAAUCGAAAAUUAUGGCACCAUGCUUGGGAACAUCUUUCUGUGUGUGUUCCUUGCCCUUGGAGCAGGCCUCACUGCAUUCAUCAAGGCAGAUCUACGGAGGCAGAAGGCGAAUAUGGAAUUUCCCGAGAAUAAACUCCAGGAGGAGGAGGAAAAGGAAAAGGUGGAGAAAGUGGAGAAAGCGGACAAUGUCACCAGCAAAGAACCCACCACUUUGUCUGAGGAGCAUCUCUGAGACGAGAAGGGGGUGGCAACUCAGGGAAUACGGACACCCCACCUCUUCCGUCAGCACCGCUCACUGCCAGCACCGGGGUCUUCACAGGGGCAGCUUGUGGAGGGAACCGGCUGGAACAUUGGUGGCUUGGACGGCAGUGCCUAGCUUCUGGAACCCACUUAAGAGCCUGCACGGUCUAGUUGGGGGAAAUCGCACCUUUCACCAAAUGCAGAUUGGAUCCCCGUCCCUCCCCUUGCAGGUUCCAGGAGCUGGUGUUGGGAGAGGCUGGCCAGGCGUGGAGUCAGCCCUGGCUUUGUGCCUUGCCUUUCCUCUUCACCUCCAUCCCUCAUGGGGAAAGCCUGCAAAAUUAUCGUGGAAAGAAAGCUUAUUCCGGAUAUUAACUUUUUCUAGUGUCUGAAGACCCAAUUCUAAGGAGCGGAGGUUGCGCUGGAUGAGGGUCCUUCUUGGGUCAUUGGACUUGACGGCUAACGUUCCGUGGGAGAGAAAGCACCAUCGGGCCAAACCCUUGGGUCCUCUUUUCUCCUGGCCUAAGGUUGGGGGCUAUCUCCGAACCCUCUUUCUUAAGAGCUGAUCAAACCAAACAUCAAUAAACCUGAGAAAGACUUUGUUGUAGCCUUGAAGGAGAAACUGAUUUGGGAAAGGUAGCCACCCGGGUGUGUGAGGGUGCUGGGGGCUCCCUGCUGAGCGGGUUUGUGAAGGCCUGUAUGUAGGAACUCAGGGAAGCUCCGUUAGGGAAUAGGGAGGUUCUUUUCUACAAAAUCAGCCCUUGCCCAGAGAUUCUGUGUGACAUUGUCACCUCUGAUGCCUUCAUAGGGGCACUGCCUGGAGGAACUAGGUGCUUGCUUUCUCUGUAGAGAGGGGAUACCAGCCAUUGUCCUGUAACCUUUACUGAAAACGAACCUCGAUCCCUUCCAUGCUGAGAAAUCCAAAGCUGCGUCUGAGAUGAGAGGAAAUGUGGCCUUUGAAAUGGGAAUCGCAUCUGCUUGAAUUAAGUGUAUCCCGCUUUGGUGGGGGCAGUAUUUGCACACCCCCCCCCCCGCCCCCCCUCCUAGCACUAACCUUUUAUCAGACGUUCCAGAUUUUAGGGGACUCCCUUGAAGCCAACCCAAGCUGACCCCCUCCCCUGCUGAACCUGCUCUCUGGCUCUCCGCAUAGGCUUGGGUGGGUAGCAUCUCCUGAAAAGAAGACAUUUUGGUAAUUGCUCCUGGUCACUGAGCAGCGGCAGUCAGGACCACUGUGCUGGUUUGCUGUGGCUACUGCCCUGGACACAGCAUGUCAGAGCAGCCUGUGCUGGCAGCAGAUCUGGGUGCUGGGCCACUGCCAGAGAAGCUGGGGUGUGUGUGUACAGACACUGGAUGUGAUAAAAGAAGUUCACACUGCAGGUCGGGGGACUGAGUGAGGGUGGAGAGAAUGCCUAACAUUUUUUUUUUUUAAAGAGAUGUUUUCAUUAAUAUUUUAGAAACAGAAACAUCGAUGUGAGAAAUAUCAAUUGUUUGCCUCCCGCAGUGCCCCGACCAGGGAUCAAACCCCCAAAACCUAGGUGUGGGCCCUGAUGGGGAAUUGAACCGGCCACCUUUUGGUCUACGGGUUGACAUUCCAAUCGAGCAAUCUGGCCAGUGCAGUAUGCCUUACUUUUCGACAAGGAGAAAGGUGUUGACUUUUCAUUCCCUCAAAAUGUAUUAACGAAAGGUUUACCAAAUUCUUUGCUUUGUUUUAAAACAUAAUUUGCAUUUUUCUAUUUGUAAACCAGAUGUUGUAAAGCAAUAAAAAGAGUUCCCAAGU